GUUGCAUGUUGUUGCCGGAUAACGUUUUUGCAAGACAGGAAACGAGAGAAGCACACAGACAGAAGCAGAGAGGACUCGUUUGUCAUCUUCUGCACGCACAACUCCAACAUCUACAAGAGAGCAGGGGAAGAAAAUAAGGAGGAAUUCAAGGUUAAAAAUCUAAAAUGGGCACUGAGGAGAAAGAUCCAGAGCCUGUAGCUCAGCCAAAAGAGCAGGAAUCCCCAGAGAAGGAAAAGGAGUUACAUGUGGAGUCACCACAAGGACCAACACCCGAGACCACCGACCCCCUCAACACCUACAAGUGGCACACCGGCUCCAAGGGGACGCUCAAUGAGCUGAAAGAAGAAGCAGAAACAGGAGCAGCGGCUUCUUCCACAUCCACCCUCGAUAAGAUUCAGAAGGCCUCCAGCAACAAAUGGAGCAAGAUGCAAAACUGGCGCAAGGCCCUGAGCGAGGACACCGGAGAAAAAAACUCACACAGGGAGGGAGCCAAGCCGGAUAAAGCGGCCGGAGGAGGCAAGAAGAACCCGUUCAGGAGGGCCUUGUCUGAGCCUCCAGGGUCGCUGUUUGCAGCCCUGUCGCCCUCCUCCGCCUCCACCAGCGCAGCUCCGUCCUCGGCUGCACCUGCCGAGGCCUCGGGGGUUUCCUCUUCCGCUGACCCCUCGCAGAGGGCCGGAGGUGGGACGCUCCUCAAAAAGUACCUGAGGACAGUUUCCCAGAAGCUCAAGAGGCCUCGACUGCAUACUCGCAGCAGCACACCAGCAUUACUGCAAGAUGUGGCUGAACCAGUGGUACCAACUGAACUCCCUCGACUACAAUGGGCUCCGCCUCAGGAGGUUCCUUUAUGGGACAUCAGCAACUGUAUGCUGGAAGAUGGACAAAUUCUCAUUUCUCCAGAGGAAGAGCCAACGAUGUGGACCAGAAACCGGGUCAGCAGUUACUUGUCCAACGUCAGCCUGAUGAACCUGAUGGACAUCGACUCAGAAUGCAGCCCAGACCAUGUGGGUCUGCCAGGAGGCCCUCGACCAAAGAGUCAAGAUGGUGGUGUGAGGGCGCUGAUCAAGCGACGUCUGGACAAGGCCAAGAGGAACAGCAACACCCAGCUGGGACUGAGCAAAGGAAGCAGGCACUAUGGUUCCCGGGAUUCUGUUUCAAUUCCAGUCAGUCCAGUGGGGAGUUUAGAUCUGAGUGCAGACACCAGCACUGUCAUCAGGCCGGUUCACAGCUCUAUUCUGGGGGAGAAGUACUGCUUUGAGGUGAUAAACUCUGAGAACACCCACUGCUUCGGCUGUUCCUCAGCUGCCGAACGUGACCGCUGGAUUGAAGACUUGAGACGGGCUGCCCAGCCUAAUAAGGAUAACAUUGAGCGCACAGAGAACUCCCUGAGUCUGUGGGUUAAUGAAGCAAAGGAUCUGCCACCCAAACGGCGUUAUUACUGCGAGGUGCAUCUGGACGGAACUCUGUUUGCCCGAACCAGCAGUCGAGCUGUUGGCAAGCUGCCAAACCGCUCCAGCCUGGCAGGAGAUGGAUCUUCUGGGUCUUUGGGAGGCCUGGGGGCCAGUGGAGGUGCAACUGGAGGGUGUCAACUAUUCUGGGGGGAAUUCUUUGAGCUUGACAACUUGCCCUGCGUCUCCCAAAUCAGCUUGCACCUCUUCCGCGAAGAAGACCCCAAGAAAAAGCGCCACUCCCGAGACGAAUCCAGCUUGCACCCACUGGGCAGCGUGGCCAUACCACUGGCUGACAUUCGAGGGAGGACAUAUCAGGAGAAGUGGUACCCCAUCACUCCAUUCAAAUCGUCUGGCACAACAGGGAACAAAGAACUGCUGGGUCCACAGGCUUCACUCCGCAUCAAAGCCCGCUUCCAGAAUUUGCAAGUGCUGCCAAUGGAGAAAUACAAGGAGUUUGCAGAGUAUGUGACAGUGGAUUAUGUAGAAAUGUGCAGAAACCUGGAGCCACUCCUGAAUGUGAAGGAGAAGGAAGAGCUGGCAGGAGCUCUGGUCCAUGUUCUGCAGAGCAUCGGCAAAGCCAAGAAAUUUCUCAUUGAUUUGGGCAGCGCUGAGGUAGAACGUCUUGGUGAGAAAGAAGCAUUGAUCUUCAGAGAGAACACACUGGCCACAAAAGCCAUAGAUGAAUAUAUGAAGCUGGUUGGCCAGAAGUACCUCAUUGGCACACUAGGGGACUUCAUCACCCGUCUUUAUGCCUCAGUGGAGAACUGUGAGGUAGAUCCUCGUAAAUGCCCGGCCUCUGAACUGUCAAACAACCAGAAGCACUUAAGUGAAACCUGUGAGGAGGUGGUGCAGAAGAUUGUAGAGAUCCAUGGACCCUUUCCCGAAGAGUUACACAUGAUCUUCUCCAGCUGGGCAGAGCUGUGUGAAGACCAGGGCAGAGUGGAGAUCGGCCAGCGUCUUAUCUCGGCUUCCCUUUUCCUUCGCUUCUUAUGUCCUGCUAUUCUCAGUCCUUCUCUUUUUGGUCUGAUGCAACCAUAUCCAGAAUCAAACACCCUGCGUACCCUCACCCUCACUGCCAAAGUCAUCCAGAAUCUGGCCAACUUCACCCUAUUUGGAGAGAAGGAGGAGUAUAUGCUGUUUAUGAACGAAUUCCUGCAGCAGCACUGGGAUGGAAUGAGGGGCUUCCUGCAAACAGUGUCCAACCCAGACACUGAAAUCACAAUGUCUUCCUUCGAUGGCUAUGUAGAUUUGCCUCUGCGAUUGGCUGUACUGCACGGUCUGCUGGUGGACAUAGUCUAUCAGAGGAACCAGGAAACAAUCGACAAGCUGCACCCCCUCCCUUCUAUUCUGAACCAGAUAACAGAUUCACUGGGCCCUGAAGCACCUCGGAUUAUUGUUAACAGCCAAAUGGGACAAGUCAAACCAGAUUACAUUCCACCGAGAGAUUUGGAAAAGUACAGCCCACACCUGUCAUCCCUCCAGCAGCUUCCCGUUGACUCCAAAGGCCUACGAGAUGGGGAUGGCAGAACUCGCAGGAGAGAAAGGAAACCAGUCGCCAGAACUCAGAGCGCUCCCCACCGACGUCCCGGUCAUGCAAAACAUGCCUUAAAGAGGCAGACGAGUUCUGAAGCUCUGCCGACAUCUGACCACGAACAAGAGGUGGAGGUCAACCAGCCGCACAUCUCGCUGCCAAAUACUAAUACCAGCAUCAAACGUCAACCUGCACCGGUUCCCUGGAUUAAAUACAUCCAGACCAGGGAGUCAAGUGAGAUGAAGACUGAGAACGAGCAGUUAACCUUACUGGACAGGCAUGCUCAGGAGCUGUCAGAGCUUCGUCUGGGGAUCGAGCAGGUGACCGAGCGAGAGCUGGACAUGGCAAAGCGCCUGGAGGACUUCAUCAACCAAAGCCAGGACCAGAAUGCAAUGCUGCAGUCGGAGGUGAACGAGCUCCGUGAUCUGCUGGCUGUGCGAGAAGAGCAGCUCGCCAGCGCCACCUUCAGGUUGGGUGUGAUUGAGGAGGAAAGGGAGGAAGAUGAGAGGAAGCUAAGUGUUGCCAUUGCAGCGGCGGAGAGGAUGAAUGCUCUGGAGGAGCAGUUUGCAGGUUUGAUGAGGGACCUUCAGCAGCUGAGCAGCCAAAACAACAUCCAGCAUCCUGAAAAGCUUCACAUCAACAGCAACUGAACCCUGAUGGAAAAAUAAAAAAGGUUUAGCUUUGCAAUUUUGUAUAAAUGAACAUACUGAACUCAUAAGGAAACUGCAGCCUAAAGUCACAGUGAUGGUCUGUUUGUUUGUUUUCUGAAUAUGUUCAGAAUGAAACUGAGAUGAACAUGAAACCAACAGUGUUUGUCUGCAUUCCUGCUUUUGUUGAGAUGUGUUUGACUUGUAAACCUUUAAAUAAAAACUGCUUCUCUUG